UUGAUCGUUGGUAUUAUGGUUUUUUAUAAUAUGGAUAAUAACCAUGAAACAACUGCAGCUAAAUCAGAAGGUCUGGAACAAGAUGAAUUAAUAAUUCAACAACACCGAGAAAUUGAAAAAGAGAUUUCUGAUUCUAUAUUGUUGAUUGGUGAAAAAGAAGAAUUAACAUCACUUGAAACUGAAUACAUAAAUGAUCCCGUAUACUUAACUAAAAUUCAAGAUUUAAAUAAAAAGUACAAAUGUAUGAGACGUGCAAGGCCAGAUGGUAACUGCUUCUUUAGAUCAUUUGCUUUUGCAUAUUUUGAAUAUUUGAUAGAUCAUAAUGAAGAAUAUAAGCAUUUUAAAGAACGUGCACUAAAAAGUAAAGAUGAAUUGAUCUCUUGUGGUUUUACUCAAUUCACAUUAGAAGAUUUUCAUGAUACAUUUAUGGAAGUGGUCAAUUUAAUUGGUGAAGGUCAACAUGAAAAAUUAUACGAUACUUUCAAUAUGCAAGGUUACUCAGACUAUGUGGUGGUGUAUCUUCGUUUAAUAACCUCAGGGCAAUUGCAAAAAGAUGCUGAGUUUUAUAAACAUUUUAUUGAGGGGGAUCGGACUGUUGUAGAGUUUUGUCACCAGGAAGUAGAACCGAUGUUCAAAGAAAGUGAUCAUAUUCAUAUUAUAGCAUUGAGUACAGCAUUAAAUGUUGGAGUUCGAGUAAGAUACAUGGAUAGAGGUGAAUCGUCUGAAGCUAUUGCUCAUGAUUUUCCUGAAGGAUCUCCAGUCUGUGUUCAUCUUCUCUAUAGGCCUGGCCAUUAUGAUAUAUUAUACAGUAGAUAAAGUCAAAUGUGAUGAAAUAUGAAAUUAUUUAAUUAAUACAAUCAAAGUUAACAUCAUUACAUAAAAGGUUGUUUUAUUUAAAUAUAUAUAUUUUUAAACAAAUUGAUAGUUCCAUAUCUAAAUUACAAUAAUUUAUCGAAUAAUCAAGUAUCUUAAACUUAAUUAAACAUUUAAUAGUUUUUAAAUAAAAUAAUUGUACACUCACACUCUAAAUUUACUUGUUCACAAAUUAUACGUUUUUAUGUUUU